AGUAAUUAAUGACAGAAUUUUUCAUUUUAGGGUGAAUUAUCCCUUUUUAAUUGUGUGUAAUUGAUUCCGUCUCCUUGGCACUUGACCUUUAUUGCACGAAUGUACCCAUGUGAACAGUUGUACCCUUUCCAGUGGCAGUCCAGCAAGUUCUCAUUGGUAUAUCAAAGUUUCCAUGUUUGGAUGUGGCUUUACUAAUUCAACCAGGUGUCAGAAACUGAGAGGGAAGAUCUGGAAGAGUCGGAGAAGGUGCAGCAUUGGGUGGAGAGGCUCUGUCAAACCAGAUUAGAGCAAAUCUCCUCAGUUGAAAAUGAUUCUUCAGAGGUAAAAUCUGUCCAGUUCAAAUCCUGAUGUGUGCUGGUCUUCUAGUCCAUAGUUUGUUCAUUCAGAGUUCUAAGCAAUUAAAAUGUAACUUCAGAUGUCUCCAACCCGUUCCCCUGCAUCAACUGGUCCCACCAAUCGGAGGUUCCCUGGAGGCUUGACCUUGGCCACUACUGACCUUGAUGACAUCAACUUAGAUGAUGUGGACCAGAGUCUAAGGCAACCUUUGAAAAGACUUUCCCCAACCCCACCUACAUCCAACCAAGCUCCCCCUCCCUUACCACUCCCUCCACCCUCACCCCGUCUUUACCACACAUCCAACCAUCGGCCUCCUUCUCCAAGAACACAGCUCCCAAUGCAACCCAGUCCUAGACCAGCCCCUCAACGCCCACCUUCUCCACCAGCCUCAAGGGUACCCCUUUCCUCAAUAGGUCGUAGCCGACAACCUCCUGCCACCCCACUAUUCUCCUCCAGGGGUCUGUCCACAUCUCAGCCACCUCCCCCGCCACCACCUCCUCCACCACCACCGCCUCCUCCUCCACCACCUCCUCCACCCCUGCACAUGGAGGACAAGUACCAUGUAGGGUCGUCCAACUAUCCCCGCUCCCCAAGCUUAUCUGAACAGGGAAGAAGGUUUGGGGACAAUGGUUACCGACAGAGAGGGGGCUUCCACUCCACCAUUCCCAGUGAUCUCUCACACCCACCCAGCCCGAAGUCUGACCACAACCUGACGGUGAUGAGAAACACAUCUCAUGCUAGCAGGAUAUCCACCUCUAAUAAUCCACUGCAAAUUGCUCCCAGCCCUCCAAACCAGCGGAGACAGAUCAACCCUGUCAUGUCCAAACCCGUCAUGCUACCAAGUCAGACCUCACAUAGACCCACACUUCACUCUGAGACCAUGGUAAGAUGGCAAAUACCCAUGUGUGUACGUGCGAUGAUGAUGCAUGCAUACGAUACACAUUGGUUGGAUUGCUGUUUGACUCACUGAUUGUAAUGAGGUUUUUUCAAACUCAAGAGGAACAAACAGAUGUUGCUUUUACUGAUUGCACUGAUUAAGAAGGCGGAAACAGAAGGACAGAAGGGGAGAGAGGUGAAAUGGAGAUUUUUUUUUUUUAUCUGCGUACACCAUGAGACUUUCAGCAUUAAAAUGUCUUUGAUUGAUCGACCUGACAGACCUAGACCUGCUGUCCCCUUCUUCCUCCAGAUAGUCAGUCCUGCUCCAUCACAUCACAAAAGAAGCUAAUCGCUCUGCCCUGUCCUUGUGCCUCCUUAAUUAAAUAAAUGGGUGCUUGCCAAUUUUGUGGUUGUUUUAGAGGGGUAACAAGAAGGGCAAGAAAGGACAAGACCUUGUUGCCUUAAUGUGUCUCUUCAGCCUUUAUGUAUUAUUGUUAAAGGUUUUUGCUGAGGCUCAGGGUUAGAGAUUUGAUCAAGAUAACAGUUUUUUUUUUUAAUCACUAGGAUCCAUUUCUCAAUACUUAGGUCACCACACCUCACCUCACUUCACAUAGUGAGCACAACAGACAUCUAUGUGGGCUAAACUGUGGACCAUUUCCAUUGUUUCGGCACAAAAUACAUUAAAUUACUACAUUUUUAAAUUGCAUAAAUUGUCGACCUAUGCUAUUGUUAUAGAAGAUUAAAUUGAUGCGUAUGAAGUGUUUUGGUAGUUGUAGUGCGUAUUAGAUAUGAAAUAUACUGCUAUGAAAGUUGGUAAGGAGAACUGUGUGAAGAGUUUUGAAAAAGUGACCAAAGUAUUUGCCUAGUGAUUAUAAAAAUAAUGUAACCUUUGCUAAAGCCUAAUGAUCGGUCUUAUUUUUUUCACGCUAAUAUAAAGAAUCAUGUGUCCUUUCUCUCAAAGGAUCCAAUACUCUAUCACCUCACCAUCUUUACUGCACUCUAUGCAAUGGGAAAUCAGUGCAAUCGUUGUAUUUGUAAAGCUCACAGACACCUGAAUUCAUAGAUAAUUUACCACACUGAGGGCAAUCUUUUUAUGGCAUGUGAUGAGUGCAAGCAUUUAGUGUGUGUGUGUGUUAUUGUGCUGUGUUUUUAAGAGCCAGUCAUAAAUAUGUGUUUCAGCCCCCAGAGAUGCUCAAACGGAUGGUCACGUACAACACGUCCUUUAAAUCCAGCAAAAAACAAGUAA